UUUUUAAAUCAUUAUAGGAGAAAUAAUUUUUUUUUAAAGAUUUAUCAUUCAUGAAACUGUCAAGAUCAUUCAUAAUUAAAAUAGGAUUGACCAUUUUAUAAAAAUUGUUUCAUAUGAAAAAAAUGUUAAUGACGGAAAUGUUAACAGAAAAGCCAAAACAAAAGUCUCUCUAUGCCCAUCGUAACUAUUUUAAUUUUUGAUAGGCAGUUCCCAAAGCGAUAAGUAACGUAGAAAUACAGGCUAAUCAGCCAAAUUUUAGGAACGCGACAGUUCUCUGGUGACUAUACGAGCGAAAGGUAUGUGGUCUAGAAUUCUGCUCUUCGUAGGACUCUUCAGUGUAGGUCUAGGUCUUGAGCAAGUGCGUUAUGACAACUACAAGGUCUACAACAUAAAGAUCGACGAUGUGGAGCACUACCAGUUGCUGAGUAGUCAGGAAAAGGCCUUUGAACUCAACAGCUGGCGCGAAGCUCGUCAUCCGGGAGAUACCUCGGACGUAAUGCUUCCCCCACAGUACCAGGAGGGAUUCGAGGGUCUUUUGAAACAAUACAACUUCACCUAUAAGCUCAAGAUCGAUAAUGUUCAGACCCACAUCGAUGCCCAGAGGCCCAAAAAGCGUACUGGCUAUAUGGAAUGGACGCAGUAUCACACACUGGAAGAAAUCUACGCCUGGUUGGAUUUGAUCGAACAGCGUUAUGCUGAUAUUGUCACACCUUUCACAAUUGGAAACUCUUACGAAGGCAGACCCAUUCGGGGCAUAAAAAUCUCAUUUAAAGAGGGAAAUCCCGCCGUGUUUAUUGAGUCCAAUAUUCAUGCCCGAGAAUGGAUUACUUCUUCGACGAUCACAUACUUCAUCGAUGAACUCCUUGUACCCCGUAAUCCUGGCAUCAGAGAUUUAGCCCAAAAUGUGGACUGGUACAUUAUUCCUGUGCUUAAUGUCGAUGGCUUCGCUUAUUCGCACGAAGUGGAACGUCUUUGGCGCAAGUCGCGAUUGCCCUCGGAUCCCACUGGAGAAUGCAUUGGCACUGAUCUAAAUCGGAACUUUGACUAUCUGUGGAUGUUAAUUGGCGCCAGUGACGAUCCGUGCUCUGAAUUUUAUGCCGGACCUUCAGUAGAAUCUGAUCCAGAGAUCAGUCAACUCACUUCAUACAUCAACACGUCCAUACCAGAGGGGACUAUCAAGAUCUACAUAUCUCUGCACUCGUAUGGUCAGUAUGUCCUUUCCCCAUGGGGCCACACCGCUGAGGAAUUCCCGGAGCACUAUCCCCAAAUGAUGCAUGUGGCCAAGGGCUUCUCUGAUGCUCUUUUUAGAAGAUAUGGCACUGUCUUCCACUAUGGGUCAAGUGCCACAACUUUAUAUGAAGUUUCUGGUUCGGGUAAGGAGUGGGCCUAUGCUGUAAAGGGAAUUAAAAUUCCCUAUACCAUCGAACUGAGGGACACAGGCGAAUUAGGUUUUGUCCUGCCGCCCGAGGAUAUUAUUCCUGUGGCCCGCGAGGUGACCGAAGGAUUUGUUGGCAUGAUAGCUGCUGCCCGGGAAAUAGAUAUAUUAUAGAUUAAGUUAAAUUUUUAAUCUGUUUUAGUCUAAAUGUAAUAGUUUUGCAUUUUUUAAGGAUUCAAAUUUGAAAAAAGAAUAUAAGUUAAUAUAAGGUAUAGAAAAAAAAAUAUACUUAUAUAUUUCUUUUUAAUCAAAGAACUUAAUAAAAUUACUGUUGCUUCCCACAAACCAACUUUUUAAUAAAUUAUUCACAAAGUUUGCUGAAAAGUUUUGCAGAUUUUUUUUGAAAAACUGGAAGUGUCCUUAAAGUUCCUCC